AUGACAAAUAGGGUAAAACUCCUCAUGCAAAAACGAACUACUUUAAAAUCUCAGAUAACGAAUCUCGCAAACAUCGUGGAUCAAGACAGGCUAGAAAAUACCGCAUUGAAAUUGCGUAUCUUGCGAUUAACAACUCAAUUUCAUACGUUUCAAGAUUUAAACGGUGAACUUAUACUAAUAGAUUCGGACGGUGGUCACGCGGACGAAUUUGUAAUCAUUCAGGAUCAAUUGUAUGAUUUAGCGGGCAAAAUCGAUAACAUCUUAAGUUCGGACAAUGCUUCAGCAUUCACGGCUAGCGUGUCGAGAAACGAAUCGCGAAGCGACGGCGUCGUUACGACCGCGCCAGCGACAAAGCGUCGAUUCAAGUUACCCGAAGCGACGCUACCCACAUUCGACGGCCGUCACGAAAAUUGGUUAUCUUUCAAAAACGCGUUCAAGAAUAUGAUAGAUACAGAAACCGAUUUAACCGAUAUAGAUAAGUUACACUAUUUAAAAUCGGCUUUAAUUGGGGAGGCGGCCAAUAAAAUCAAGAUUUUGUCUAUAGAUGGGACUAAUUAUUUUAAGGCAUGGGAAUUGCUGGAACGAUCGUACGAAGUGAAGCGUCUCCUCGUGACGCGGCAUCUGUCUUUAUUAAUGAGUCUAUCUUGGCUGGAAAUAAAGGAUAUAGCCGGUUUGACGAAACUCGCGGACGACGCGCAGCAGUACAUUGCGUCACUAGAAGCGUUAGGCGUCUAA